AUGAGUGCUACUUUACUGGCUAAAAACAUUAAAUUCAACCCUUCCACGGAUAAGUUGUUGACUGUCGCUGCUGGUUGUUACUGGGGUACCGAACAUGUCUUCAGAAAACAUUUAGGCGAUAAAAUUAACGAUUGUAAGGUUGGUUUUGCCAAUGGCAACGACGAAAAGAAAGAUUUAGGUGAUUCUAUAUCUUACAAGAGAGUGAAGAAAGGUGACACAAAUUUUGCUGAAGUAUUACAAAUAUCUUAUAAUCCUACUGUGAUUUCAUUGAAAGAACUUGUGGACUUCUUCUUUAGAAUUCACGAUCCAACAACUGUGAAUUCCCAAGGUCCAGACGUUGGUACUCAAUACAGAAGCGGUAUAUAUGCUCAUUCUCCAGAGGAUUUGGUGGAAAUUAAAGCAUUAAAAGCACAAUGGCAACCAAAAUGGGAUAACAAAAUUGUUACUACUGUUGAAUUGAUCAAUAAUUUCUAUGAAGCUGAAGAGUAUCACCAACUAUACUUAGACAGAAACCCAGAAGGUUACGCUUGCCCCACUCAUUUUGUUAGAGAUAUUUAA